AUGGUCACAACCGCAGAAAGGGGCUCGUUGAAAAAUGGAGUUCAAACCUUCCUGAUCAACUCCUGCCGACUACCAUAUUCUAUUAUCAAUUGGCUACCUCUCCAGUUUCUCGGGGUCUUUCUGUUGACUUAUCAGAACGAGGAAAAGUUGUCGUCAUUUUUUCUGGAGUUUCGCGGUCAGGGCUGGUGGAUUAUUGCCUUCGAAGCCCUGUUCCUUUUCAAAUAUAUCAAGGUCGUCGCACACCUGAUCUCCUUUCUUCUGUACAGGCCUUACGCCAUUCCGGAACAUCCCACAAUCUCAGCUAAGGAUGUUACGGUAAUCAUCCCUACCGUGGGUGCGAUCGACGAACCCGAAUUUCGAGAAACAUUGCGAACAAUCCUCGCCAAUAAACCGCAUGAGAUCAUCGUUUGCACCGUCGGCAGGGAGAAGAUGGAAAUUGCGCAACGGGUUUGCAACGAAGAAGUGCGCAACUUAGCUCCUGCGGACCGUAGCAUCACAGGUGUAACUGUCUCGGCAAUCGAGCAAGCCAGCAAGCGAAAGCAGAUAUACUCGCAGCUCAUCGGUGUCGACACCAAGAUUGUUGCACUCGCAGACGACCAUGUAUUCUGGGGGCUCAACUAUCUCAAGGCUUCUUUAGCGCCAUUCGAAGAUCCGAGAAUCGGGGGAGUUGGGACGAACAAGAGAGUUCGCCGCGAUCCAUUCGAAUUCACUUGGGCCAACUUCCUAAACUUCACUGCUUGCAAUUAUCUUGAGCGCCACAAUUUCGAGUGUACAGCAAGCACAAACAUUGAUCAAGGAGUCUUCGUACUUUCAGGCCGGACAGUGUUUUAUCGCACUGCUGUCUUGAAACAUCCAAGUUUUGCAGUCGAUUACCUCCGAGAAACGUGGUUUUUUGGUACCGUUGGGAGGGAGGGCUUUGCUGUGGACGAUGAUAAUCUGUUGACCCGGUUCACAAUCGGUGCUGGUCAACACAAAGUCUGGUUUCAGAACUCGGAAGAGAGUACUAUGCAUACUACACUCGGAGAGCCAGGAAAGUUCUUCAAACAGAUGGAUCGUUGGAUCCGUACAACGUGGCGGUCCAACUCGACAAGCUUGCUCUCGGACCAGACUCCUUGGAGAACACAGCCCUGGUCGGUGUAUGCGAUCUAUUUGUCCAGCUUUGUCAACUUUGCCCUUUUCUACGACGCUGCUCUUCUGAUCACGCUAUGGGAGGGGUGGGAAGAUAUGGACUUGGCUCUGUUCCGCUUACGGGGUUCCUUUAUGGAUAGGGAGAAGGGAAUAUCGAUCCUGGCAUGGAUACUCUUCCUGUCAAAGAUGAUCAAGCCCUUCCCACAUUUUUGGCGCAAUCCCAAGGAUAUUCUGUGGAUUCCUGGAUAUAUCUUGUUUGGAUAUUAUCACUCCUUCAUCAAGCUCAAGGCUCUGUUCACAGUUCAUGUUGUGGCUUGGGGAACAAGACCAGGACGAGUGCCUGGUGUCUUUGUCGAUUCAAAUAUGUUGGCUUGA